ACUGUUUUGCUUAGCCAGGAUAUCAACAUUAAAUUUUUUUGUUCGUAGAUUAGGAACUUUUCCAAAACGAACAGGAUAGAAAGAGGGUCUUAAAUGCAUCACAAUAGAUCCACUGUUGAGAAACAGCGAGUUGUUCAAUUUAUCGCUAUAGAGGGUAGCAACAGCUACGAGGAAGAACCGCCUGGUGUUGUAGAGUUGAUCAAAAUGCAGGAAGAACGAAAAGAAUUGGUCAAGUUGAUGUUAGAUCUAGUUCCGAGGAAAAUGAUUGCAAAGAAAAGGCGUCUCUCAGAUGGACCUGACGACUUCGUAGAUAACGUUGUACCCGCUUACACGGACGAAGAAUUUCUGCAGCAUUUUAGAAUCAAUCGUAAACUAUUUCAUAAUUUGGAGGCAUUAUUCGAGAAUAGCGAAAUAUACAGUGUGUUACGGGAGGACAAACGCAUGUCGGCCGCAAAGCAUUUGCUAAUGUUUCUAUGGUUUGCUGGUAAUUCGUCCUGUGAUUUUCGAGACCUGUCGCAACGUUUUCGGGCGUCAAUUUCCAGCGUUAGUCGAACUAUCAAACGAGUUAUCUAUUUUCUAACCGAUUUGUCUCAGUUCGUAAUUAAAUGGCACACACAGAAUGAAAUUACACGCGCAGCGGAGUAUUAUCAAAAUUUAAAUGGUUUCCCAAACGUUAUCGGUGCAGUUGGUGCGAUUCACAUUCCAGUGGAAGUGUCGAAACACGAUAAAAUGACCUAUUCCAGUGCAAAAGGACAGACCACAAUUAUUCUGCAAGCCAUUUGUAAUGAACGAAGGAAAUUUCUCGAUAUUUCAGUUGGUUCUCCUGGACCAACCCACAAAAGCUUAGUGUUUGCUGAAUCAGGAAUAUACACUAAACUACCAGAGUACUGCCAAAAUUAUAUUUUACUGGCUGACACGUCGUAUCCGUUGAGCAACAAUGUAUUGACACCGUACAAACAAAACGGUUGCCUGACUCCAGCCCAGAUUUUAUACAAUCAGAAGCUGGAAGAAUGUCGUAUUUCCAUCGAUCAUGCACUAAAUGCACUCAAACAGAGAUUCCGCCAGCUCAAUCACAUCAAACUGCGAGGUCUGGAAAAGAUGACCAAUUUCGUGAGAGCGUGUUGCGUUCUUUAUAAUCUUUGCAAAGAGGACGAGUUCUACGUCGAACUACCUAUUUCAGACGAUAAAGCAAAUAGAAAACGUAGUAAUCAAAAAAUCUGCGUUGUACCAGACAGUAGCUACGGCAGUAUUUUUCGAGAAAGGAUGUGUGAUUAUAUUUAUACGACUUAGCUUAAGAUUUAUUGAUGCUAACACUA